AGCUGGCGAAUUAGCCAACUAGAGGAGGGGGAGGCGGAGUUUGGGUCCUUGUAGAAGCUGAAAGCGUCGCCUGGACUGUAGUUUGCCGGGAGAGACGAGACAGGAGCUGGAGCAAGAGCAGGAACGGAGCGCGGUCCUGGGAGCAUCAGCUCCAGCAUCCCGCCAGGGGUUGCAGGUGUGUGGGAGACUUAAAACUGUUCCAACAUGGCUCUCCUUGGACUCUUCUCUCUGCUGGUUCUGCAAAGUAUGGCUUUAGGGGCCACUUUCCCUGAUGAAACCAUUGCUGAGUUGUCAGUGAAUAUGUAUAACCAACUUCGAGCCACUGGGGAAGAUGAAAAUAUUCUCUUCUCUCCGUUGAGCAUUGCUCUUGCAAUGGGAAUGGUGGAACUUGGAGCCCAGGGGUCUACCCUGAAAGAAAUCCGCCAUUCAAUGGGGUAUGAUAGCCUGAAAAAUGGUGAAGAAUUUACUUUCUUGAAGGAGUUUUCUAACAUGGUGACUGUGGAAGAGAGCCAGUAUGUGAUGAAAAUCGCCAAUUCCCUCUUUGUGCAAAAUGGUUUUCAUGUCAAUGAUGAGUUUUUGCAAAUGCUGAAAAAAUACUUUAAUGCAGAAGUAAAUCAUGUAGACUUCAGUCAAAAUAUAGCUGUGGCCAACUACAUCAAUAAGUGGGUGGAGAAUAACACAAAUAAUCUGUUGAAAGGUUUGGUAUCCCCAAGGGAUUUUGAUGCUGUCACUCAUCUGGCCCUUAUCAAUGCUGUCUACUUCAAAGGGAACUGGAAGUCACAGUUUAGACCUGAAAAUACUAGAACGUUUUCCUUCACGAAAGAUGAUGAAAGUGAAGUCCAGAUCCCAAUGAUGUAUCAACAAGGAGAAUUUUAUUAUGGGGAAUUUAGUGAUGGCUCCAAUGAAGCUGGUGGUAUCUACCAAGUCCUAGAAAUACCAUAUGAGGGAGAUGAGAUAAGUAUGAUACUGGUACUGUCCAGACAGGAAGUCCCACUGGCUACCCUGGAACCAUUGGUCAAAGCACAGCUGAUUGAAGAAUGGGCAAACUCUGUAAAGAAGCAAAAAGUGGAAGUGUACUUGCCCAGGUUCACAGUGGAACAGGAAAUUGAUUUAAAAGAUGUUUUGAAGGCUCUUGGAAUAACUGAAGUUUUCAUCAAAAGUGCAAAUUUGACAGCUCUAUCUGAUAACAAAGAUAUUUUCCUUUCCAAAGCAAUUCACAAGUCCUUCAUAGAGGUUAAUGAGGAAGGCUCAGAAGCUGCUGCUGCCUCAGGAAUGAUUGCAAUUAGUAGGAUGGCAGUACUGUAUCCGCAAGUUAUUAUCGACCAUCCAUUUUUCUUUCUUAUCAGGAACAGGAGGACAGGCACAAUCCUAUUUAUGGGACGAGUUAUGCAUCCUGAAACAAUGAACACAAGUGGACAUGAUUUUGAGGAACUUUAAAUCAUUUUAUUUAAAUAACAAGGAAAUCAGUAACUAAGCACAUUAUGUUUGCAACUCCUGUAUAUUUAAGAUUUGUGUUUUACAGUGUAUCUUAAGAUAAUAUUUAAAAUAGCUCUGGAUAAAAACAACAAUGUAUAUAAAUUAUAAGCCAACCUUGUCAAGGAAUGUUAUCAGUAUUAUUAAGGUAAUGGUCCUAUUAUGUCAUUGUGUUUGUUGUGCUGGUAUUUAAAAUAAAAGUACAUAUUGAACAUGUGAA